GGCUUAACAAUGGGUAUCGACCUUAAGCAUCAUCACGUAAAGAACACUAACCGCACUGCUCCCAAGUCGGACAACGUCUACUUGGCAUUGUUGGUCAAGCUUUACCGCUUCCUUGCCCGCCGUACCGACGCCCAGUUCAACAAAGUCGUUUUGAAGCGUCUCUUUAUGUCUCGUAUCAACCGUCCUCCCGUCACCAUCUCUCGCUUGGCUCAGAAUGCCAAGGACGGAAAGACCAUUGUCGUUGUUGGCACCGUCACUGAUGAUUCUCGUCUGCUCGAAGUGCCCAAGCUUUCCGUUGCUGCUCUUCGUUUCACCAAGACCGCCAAGGCCCGCAUCUUGAAGGCUGGUGGUGAAGUUUUGACCUUGGAUCAGUUGGCUCUCCGUGCCCCCACCGGUUCCAACACCAUCUUGGUUCGUGGUGCCAAGAACAGCCGUGAAGCCGUUAAGCAUUUCGGUAUGGGUCCUCACAAGAACAAGAAGCCCUAUGUUCGUUCCAAGGGCCGCAAAUUUGAGCGUGCUCGUGGUAAGCGUGCCAGCCGUGGCUUCAAGGUUUAAAUUACAUUUUCUGUACCAUGUUGAUACGUGUCAUAAAAGCCAAUUUCCUUUCAUUCAAAUGGAAAAACGUGA